AAAAUUUAUAUGCCUAUUAUGCUUUGAUAUGAUAAUUGAUUUUGAAAAACCGUAUGACUUCACAUGGGGAUGGAAUUACUUUAAAGAACUAAUUCAGAAUCAUUACAUUUGUGUUAUAAAUAUCACCGAUGAUAUAGGUACAUGUAAAUCUGAUUGCAUGUGUAUGAAAUCCCAUAGUGUCCACCCUGAAGUUUUACACGAGGUUAUAAUGGUGGGUGUAACCAACCAUUGGUUAUGAUGAAAAUAUUGAUCUCUGCCCCGUCGACAACUUUCUUUUUCUUUAGAUUUACAUUAUUUGUCAAUCUGCAACAUUUGUUUUCCAAGAACACUCUUGAAUGUUUUAAUUGGUAUCACAAGGAUUUUCACAAUGCAUUUUCAAUUUUUCGAAAACGCUUGCACGGGACCGUACUCUUAAAUAGACGCUGUUCUUCAUAUAUAAUUACAUGUAGUGUAGAGUAUAAUGGAAUCAAGCACGUGGCACUUAAAUUUCGAAGUAGUUUAUUAAGUAUUGUUAUUAAGAAACACAGUCUGCUGACACAGUUGUCUCUGUACAGCAGAGUAUAAAAUCAGUGUUUGCCAGUAUUUCAAUAUGUAUCAAGAUAAGAAAUUGAAAGAUGUGGACGUACCUCUUUGUUCUUCUUUUUCUGGAAGGAACUUGCGGAGUGUCUGUAAACAGAAGUUCCUUGGGUUCGGAGACCAGAUGUUCCAAUGGAUACACGCGAUUUGAGGAUUCCUGUUACCUUCUAAACAACGAAGUGGCAUCAUGGAUAGAGGCCUAUCAAAUCUGUCUAACUUUUAAUGCCUGUCUGGUUGAAGUAAAAAGCUCACAGGAAUACACGUUUCUUCAAGGAUACCUUAAUGAACACGGACAGAGCAAAGGAAAAUCAAUCGCGACCUUCCUGUCCAGGAGCAGCUACGGAAACAGCAAUAACAUGAGGUACAAUAGUUUCCCUGGAUACUGGAUGGGAGGAAAUUCAAUGGAAACUCCUGGCAAUUGGGUUUGGAUGAAAUCCAAAGAAAAGGUUGAUUUCAGCAUUAUCGGGAAUCCUUUCAUAAAUGGAACAGGCAGCGGUUGUCUGUAUUUUGACAGCGUGAAUUUUCACGAGACUCGUACGAAGGAAUGCCACACUAAGAUGUAUUCAGUCUGUGAGAAAGCGCCCACCAUGGAAUAGAAAAUAUCCACGUUCAUACUCUUUAAGGAAUCUAAUAUUAUUUUUGUAAAUAGGCAACGUCAUUAAAAUUCAGCUUUAUGUAUUAGAAAGCGAUGUUGUUAAUGUGUUCGCAACAUUUUAAAACAUGCAAAUUGAUUUACGAAAGAUUAUGUGUGGAUUGGUUUCUAUCAUCAAUAAAAUAUUACUCACACUGCA